UCAAGCGAGUUGAAGCGACAAGCGGCCAGCGGGGGCUGUUGAGGGGAGAGAGGGAGCCCGGGUGAUGGGUGACCCAAUGGAGAAAAUGCUCAACCAGGCGGCACUUGAAGCUUUGUACUCAGCUACUUAUGUGGACAAUUUCCUCGACACAGUAGAAAACCUUCCUGAUGAGGUCCAGAGGGAAAUCUCCAGCAUGAGAGAGCUAGAUGUUCGAUACCAAGCACUCCUGCAAGACAUGGAGGGUCUGCGAGGUCAGCUGGAGGGUGAGCUGGACUCCAUUUCCCUCAAGAGGGUGAUGGUUCAGAUCCAAGACAAGUUGAUUUCCACCCAGGAAAUUGGUGAUGACAAACUUCAAAUUGUACAACACAUCCUGGAUAUCAUUGAAAACAGACAGAGGCAGCUGGAACUGGACAGUAAAAACUUAGACUUUGGGCAAGAGCAGGAAAAGUCAGAGUCCUGUAAGGAGGUGCAGCCUGAGAGGGUGAGCAAGAGGGCACGGCGUACCAGGAAUGAGCACACUACCAGCCACAAUGAGAAUUCCAGUGAAGCCCCGGCUGCCACACACACUGAGAAGACGUCUAAUGCCAAGGGAUCAGCACAGAAGAAGACAACCAAGAAGAAGAAGCGAAAAGCUCGGGUAGAGAGGGAGCGAGAAGAUUCCCCAACGGAAAUUCCCAUUGAUCCUGAUGAGCCAACGUACUGCCUUUGUGAACAGGUAUCUUAUGGAGAGAUGAUUGGAUGUGACAAUGACCUGUGUCCCAUUGAAUGGUUCCACUUCUCAUGUGUGGGACUAACCAAUAAGCCGAAGGGGAAGUGGUUCUGCCCCAAGUGUCGUGGAGAUAAACCAACUGUAAUGAAACCCAGAGCCCAAUUCUUGAAGGAGUUGGAGAAAUACAAUAAGGAAAAGGAAGAAAAGUCAUAAAACUUAAACCUCUUCUGUUGUUGUCCUGUUCCCUUGUACAAAGUUAUGUUACAUUGGAUGUGUUCUGUAGGCCUUUUACAUCCACCACUAGGUCACACAAAUGGACUUCAACACUGUAAUGUAUCUUGUUCUAAGAAAUGUAUAAAGUAGUUUUAUUGAAUUGUGAUAAAAAAAUUGGAAGUAAAAUUUUUGUUCAUGGCAGAGCUUUAAAAGUAUUGACAGCUUUUGAGAAGAGCCUCUUAUUUAAGGAAGUCCAUUAAGUGAUGCAAUGUGAUGUAAAAUGAUUACAUGUACACUCAGUUUUCUUAUAAAGGUAAUUUAUUAUGGAAUAUAAUAUUGUGGUCUGUAAAUAUUUUUGUAUUUAUAGAAAAAAAUACUGACAGAUAAGACAGAUUUUUUAUAAAGUAUAUAUAUAUAUAUAUAUAUAUAUAUAUAUAUAUAUAUAUAUAUAUAUAUAUAUAUAUAUAUAUAUAUAUAUAUAUAUAGCUUCCAUCUCUGUAUGAUUAGUCUUUCACCAUUAACUAGAAACUCAUAUUAGUUAAUACUGAAGCCACUUUCCCGAUGGAAUAAGAAAAUGCAUUUAUCUCAUAGCCAAGGCAUCUCAAUGAAGGAUUUGCUAUGAUUUAACAAUCAGAAUCAAGAGAUAAUUGCAAUUAUAGUUUUCAGUAUUGAGCAACAAAAACAUAGCAUCCAGAGACAUCAUGUGGUUUUUCCAGCCAUUCAAGCCAUUGGUUUCUUGUUUAAAGUGUACAGCUUAGCAUGAUGAAAAGUUUUUAUGACAAUACCUUGAAACCGUCCCUCAUGCUUCCUGGAUCCCCAAUGCUGAAGGUCAGCACUAGUGAAUGAUUUUUUUUUUUUCUAGACAAUUUUAGAGAGAGAGAGAGAGAGAGAGAGAUAGCAAUAGGAUAUAGAAAUUGGUAGCAUUAGGUUGCAUUUUACUUUGAAUUGAAAAAAUAUUAAUUUUGCCUAUCAUUUGACAUUUUCAUCACAGGAAUUAAAAUCUUUGUAACUCUAUCAAUCAUUACAAACUUUUUAAUUACUUUAUUAUCUGCUUCUCUCCUUCCACUAUCUAACAUUUUAACAUUAUUUCUAUUUUAUGCAAUUUUUAUCUUAUUUUAGUGUCAGCUAUUCAUUGUGGCACCGCACAAGAAAUAUUUUUAAAUUACAUAAUUUCACAUUUCUUUACACAUUCCACAGCAUUGUUGCUUUUCUUUCUACUGUCCAUUGUUAUUUACAUUAUUCUUUUUCAUUUUGCAAAACUCAGUAGAUGUCAAGUGGAGUAUAUUGUUCUUCAGAGCUUGUUAAUUCCAAGCUUUCCCAAUUUUCUUGGCUUACUUGUACAAGACUUUCAAUUAAUUUAAUCUCUUAUGUCCACCAUCCUAUGGUAUUGGUAUUUGAGUUUUUAGUAUUUUUUCACUUACUCAUCCCUAUAACUAUUUAGAUUUGGAACACUACCUCAUUUUAUUUUCCCUCUAUCUCAUGAUGUAAGACAGUAAAACUAAAGUUUUGGAAGAUUUAUGGUACCAGUUCUUAUUAUUUAUUUGGUUAUUUUAAGCUUUAGUUUGCAUAUGUGGAAUAGUUGCAGGCUUAUGUUAUGUUUAUGGUCGUCAUUAUUGUCUCAUCGAUUUCCCACUCAAGAUGAAGAAUGGAUUAGUGAUAUGCAUAAAGUUGUAGAGAAUUACAGGACUGAACAUGUGAUUUUAUAGUUACUGUUUUUCUGAGUAGGAGGGUAAAGUCAUGUGUGGAAGUGUCAGGCUUACUCACCAGAAUGUAUUUGGUGAUCAUGGCUAUGCACUCAUCAUCAGGAAAUCUCCACAUUAGUAUAUUGAAUUUCUAGUUAAUUUACUAGUAGUUCAGUGAAGAUGCUUUGCUGUGUGGCUUGUUAGUUUUCUUUUCUUUUUUUUUUUUUUCUCGUGUCAUGGCAGCUUCUUCCGAGUGAAAAGAAUGUCAUAACCACUGUAACAAGUUCUUGAAAUUACAUAAUUACAUGGGCUUUUACUAUCUUCCUGUGGUGGAACACAAUUAGUUAUUGCUAUUAAUGUCUCAGUUGAAAUAUAUAUAUAUAUAUAUAUAUAUAUAUAUAUAUAUAUAUAUAUAUAUAUAUAUAUAUAUAUAUAUAUAUAUAUAUAUAUAUACACAGUGGAACAUUGACUUACAGGUGCCACUGUUUAAAAGAAAUUUGAUAUUUUAGUUCAAAUUGUGUGCUAGAACUAAAGUUGCAAGCUAGCUGCUAGUUGAAGCUAACACCAUAUCCACUCAGCAUCCAAUGUUCAAUGCAUUCAGUUCAGUGUUUUUCUUUUCACCUUGGAAACACUUUCAUACUAUACUAGGAUUUUUUUUUUUUUUUUUUUCUAUGCAAUUGUUUAACUAAAUUUCCUUAGUCUAAGCUUACCUCCUCUUCAUCUCUCCAUCUUCUCAAGGAUCUUCCAUUUUCUCAAUUUGCAUGAUCUCAAAGGUAAAUACAGUUUUUAAAACCAGUUUACUUUUUUAUAAUAUCUCUAGUUAUAUAUUGUUAUGUUUUUCUUUGAUUUUUGUUACUUAUAAAUAAUUUUCUCAUCUUAAACAUAAUAAAUAAGAUUUUAGAUUGGGAAUGUUGGCUGUGGAAAGGAUUAAUGGGAUUUCAAUUAUUUUCAUUGGGGAGAUUAAUUUUACAAGCUCCGUCAUGGAACAAAUUAAACUCGCUAGUUGAGGUACGACUAUAUAUAUAUAUAUAUAUAUAUAUAUAUAUAUAUAUAUAUAUAUAUAUAUAUAUAUAUAUAUAUAUAUAUGUGUGUGUGUGUGUGUGUGUGUGUGUGUGUUGCACAGAAGCAUAAUAUCCUGGUUGUAAAUAUGGCAGCACCACACAGAAAUGGAAAGAAGGUAAGUGCAUAUAUGCAUGGAUCUUAAUAGUGACAGUAAAGUAGUAAUUUUUGUUGUCUAAAUAAUGUUGGUGAACUUAGUUACAAGAAAUAUGAUGGAAUUAUGAUUGGUGUUUUUCUUUGGGAGAGGAAAUUGCAGAAUUCUAUAUGUAGUUAGGAAAAAAAAAUUGUUAAUUGGAUGCAUGUGGGAACAGAUCAUACUUCAAACCAGUCUUAAUUUACUUUUUAAGAACAUGAAUAGGAUCCCAAGAUGGAUUUUUUUUAUUGGCUGGUAAGGUAGCUGCUUAUAGUUGUGGGAAAAUACUUGGUAAAGUUUUCUUUCAUCAAUUAAAUUAAAACCACAUUAAAUUUGGCAGACAGCCCUCCAGCUGACCCUAAAGGAAAUGUCUAUGAUGGAUAAGUUUAAGUUCCAUAUAUCUGUACAAAUUUUUCCAGCUGUUAUACAAAUUAAAUAUUACUUUAAUAAGGUUAUAUGCUAUUAUACAUAAUUGUAUAUUUCCAGUGAAUAGUUAUAAAGUUUUGUACUUGA